UAUGCCGAUUGGGUUUGAGGCUGCCGUACGAAUAGUACACCACAAUAAUACAAAAUGUCAUUUUCGGGAAAGAAAUUUAGGAGAAUACGAAGUGAGAAUAUUGACGAGCUAAUGAAGGAAACUAAUGUAAGUGAACACACGUUACAGCUGCUGAAAAGCAGCGCACCUAUAUUUUCGUUCACGCGGGAGGAUGACCAAACUUUUACCUUCGUGCUGCAGACAGGGGACAAGACCAUGACGAGUACCUUCAAGCUCGGCGAGGAGCAUGAAAUGGAACGUAGAGAUGGUUCUAAGGUGAAGGUGACAUACGAGCUGGAGGGUGAUAAUGUGCUAAAGCAGGUUAUUAAGCAACGAGAUGGAAAGAUCGCCCAUUUUCGAAGGGAAUUUGGGGAGAAGGAAACCAAAAUGACCAUAACACUGGAAGGCGUAGAUAAAGUAGCUACAAUAUAUUAUGAAAUGGUCGAGUAAUAGGAAAUAACUAGUAUUUUACCACUAGUAAUUACGGACUUUAUUUAAAUUAUUUAUUACCAUCAGUAUUUAGAUACUUUUUAAGAUUACAAGGUAUGCCUUAUAUAUAUAACUACACUAAUGUAUUUGAAAAUAAAUCU